ACACAAUUUCGUUACCAUAGCAUCGUAGAACCAAAACAUGCCUUUCAAAACCGCAAAUACAUACUAAAUUCAAACAAAUAUAUAAAAUACUAAUAUGUCUUCUUCCGAUACCCUUAGAAAACCGUCGAUGAAUUACCCGAACGAAAAACAGAGAAAUAAUGCUUUGGAUAUUAUGCGACCUCCCGGGCUGUCUUCACAGGUAAAAUUGUAUGGUUUAAAUGUUGUUGUUAUGCGAGAUUUUAAAAUGUAUGUCAUGCGUGUAGUCCCAUAGCUAAAUAAUGUGUUGCCUGUUUUGUAAACGUCGGUUUAUACUACAAAUGCUUUGGCUAAAACUCUCGUAUGCAACGUGUUCACAACUUGAGUUGUACUGUGUAAAUCAAGCCCACAACGUUUUUCAUGCGUGAGUUGUGUGCUUGAUUUACACCGGUACAAUGCGAGAGUUUUACGUAAAAGUUGUGUUCUUAGUAGCGUUGCAUUAGACGUAAUUCUGUUUUAUUUUUGUAUCCAUAGGUUUAUAAUGGACAGCAGUUGCAUAAACGAGUCUGCGAGGUAUGAUUUGUCGGUAAUUUAAUGUUAUAUAUAGAUAUAUUUAAAGUCCGAGUUUACGAUUUACGAAUGGGCAAUACGAUUUUAGUUCGACGAUACAUGUUAAAACGACAAACAGUCGGUCUCUGCAAUGGCAAGAUGCCGUGGAAUGGACUAGAUGGUUGAAUGUAAACAUAGAUUUUCGCAUAUUUAGCAGUUUAAUGUGAGCCUAUAAUUGAACCAUUAUUAAACAUCGUGCAAUUAAUGACUAUUUUUGGGCAGUUUAUUUCGGAAAUUCCCAUGCCGCCGUAACCAUUGCGAGAUCUCGGCUGGUCUCUGCAUGGAUCUCUUCUGAUUAUAUAUAGACCAACUAUUUUUAGUAGGAUUUCAAAUAGCGCGCAAAAUCUCGCCAGGAAUGCCCGACAUUAUCAACAAGAGUUGCAAUGAGAGUUGACAAGCGAGAGUUUACAUGAGAGUUUUCUCAACGUUCAUUGCUUGAUGAAACGAGAACAAGAGUUCCAUGACAGUUGACAAGCGAGAGUUUGCAUGAGAGUUUUCUCAACUUUCAUUGCUUGAUGAAACGAGAACAAAAGUUGCAUGAGAGUUUAGAAGCGAGAGUUUACAUGAGAGUUUUCUCAACUUUCAUUGCUUGAUCAAACGAGAACAAGAGUUGCAUGAGAGUUGAGAAGCGAGAGUUUACAUGAACGUUUUCUCAACUUCCAUUGCUUGAUCAAACGAGAACAAGAGUUGCAUGAGAGUUGACAAGCGAGAGUUUGCAUGAGAGUUUUCUCAACAUUCAUUGCUUGAUCAAACGAGAACAAGAGUUGCGCGAGAUUAUAAAAUUCCACUCUAUUCCUUUUAGGCAGAAAAGGACAAUGAUCCCAUGAUGUUAAACACUGACAGUUAUUACAAAGCUCAAACUAAGGUAGGUGUUCCUGAAUUCCUCCCGUAGAUUGACAUUCUUAGUUAAUGAUACGAAUGUAUGCCAGAUUAUACAUACUUUAUGCUACUUUUUAUUUGCCAGCGUUCACAACCGUCAGCGUACGACCGUAUAAAUCACGUGACCAUUGGAUAUGACCAGAAACUUCACCGCGACGACAGAGCCUUUGCCAAAUCGCGUGGCUUGUAUGUCAAUAAUGAGGUGAGGUGUACUAAAAACGCGCAAGUUGUUACAGAUAUCAGGAUGUGUUGGCGCACUGCUUGUUCCCAGUUGUUGCGACAAGUCUGGGAGAAGUUGUUAUCACCUUGUUACAAGCUUGAUGAGGCCAACGGUCUCGCAACAAGUUGUUCCAACAAGUCUGAUAUCGUCUGCACGUAACAAGUUGAUGACAACAAGCUCGCCUUGUUACAAGGUUGAUGACGGUAACAGACUUGCUACAAGACAACUCUCGCUUGUCAACUUUCAUGCAACUCUUGUUCUCGUUUGAUCAAGCAAUGAACGUUGAGUCUGUUACUGUCAUCAACCUUGUAACAAGAUGAUAACUCACCUUGUUACAAGGUUGAUGACGGUAACAGACUUGCUACAAGUUGUUCCAACAAGACUAAUACAGCCUGUAUAGCAAGUCUGACUGUAACAGAUUUGCUACAAUUGACCACUUGCGUAAUAGACCAAAUUUUGAUCUCAACAAAAAUUUCACCACAGCUUGAAAGAGCAUCACAAAAUUAGUAAUAUUCCAAAGUUUCGUUGCGAAAUGUUGUAAAAUGCGGAAAAUAUAGCCUUGCGAAGUUUGCAAUUUUCAGUCAUUUUAGAUUACAAACGGGAAAUUGACAGCCCCAAACCCUUCGAGGCUGUCAAUUUCCCGUUUGUAAUCUAAAAUGACUGAAAAUUGCAAACUUCACAAGGCUAUAUUUUCCGCAUUUUACAACAUUUCGCAACGAAACUUUGGAAUAUUACUAAUUUUGUGAUGCUCUUUCAAGCUGUGGUGAAAUUUUUGUCUAGACUUGUUGAGAUCAAAAUUUAGUCUAUUACGCAAAUGGUGAAUUAGUUGUUCCAACAAGACUAACACAGGCUGUUCGUAACAAGUUGCUACGAGCUUGUUGUCAUCAACUUGUUACGUGCAGACGAUAUCAGACUUGUUGCAACAACUUGUUGCGAGUCUGUUGACCUCAUCAACCUUGUUACAAAAUGAUAACUUGUUCCAGACUUGUCAACAACUGGGAACAAGCAGUGCGAACACAUCUUGAGAUUUUUACGCGCGUUAAUGGAAAUUGAAUAUUGAAUGCUCGUGAUGUUACUCUGAGUGCAUAUCAACAGCGGGCAAGCUUGAAAAAUAUGCCUGACCACGGUGGGAAUCGAACCUACGACCUUUGGAUGCUAGCCCAAUGCUCUGCCAACUGAGCUACGCGGUCUGGUCGCUUCGAGUAUGUGAUAUUUCGGAACAGAAUCUAGUUCCUUCGAUAUUAAUGUAAUCUAAUAAUCAUGAUUGUUUCUGUGUUGGUGUAAUGUACUCAGGUGAAUAUGAUGCUUGUGAUGUUACUCUGAGUGCAUAUCGACACUGGGCACGCUUGGAAAAUAUGCCUGACCACGGUGGGAAUCGAACCUACGACCUUUGGAUGCGAACCUACGACCUUUGGGCUAGCAUCCAAAGGUCGUAGGUUCGAUUCCCACCGUGGUCAGGCAUAUUUUUCAAGCUCGCCCGGUGUGGAUAUACACUCAGAGUAACAUCAUAAGCAUCAUAUUCACCUGAGUACAUUACACCAACACAGAAACAAUCAUGAAUUUUGAAUGUUAAAAAUCUUCCAUUGCGUGUUUUAGGAAAAGUCAGUGUCAGUUCCUUGUCUGUCUUCAUCCAUCUACGGUCAUCCCGUCAGGCAACCGCUUGAGGUCAUCGAUCGAAAACAUUUCUCCGUUCAGACUUGUAAAAACGAUUUUCUCAGAGUCGGUGGAACUAACAUCGGAAAUAAUCCCGAUCUACAUUAACGUCUGUUUACGAAUAUCUUAAUAGCUUAUACAAUAGACCUUGUAUGCAAGUAUUAAGUUCUAUAUUUGAAUUCACGUUUGCUUUUAAUUGAGAUAAUUCAAUUCGAUAAGUCCAUAUUCAAACAGCACAAUUUUUUCAUAGCUGGUACGCGCUUAACAAAAAAUACAAGAAAUAUGUGAUUUAUGAAAUCUAAUAUAUAUUUAUUCCAUAUUUCACCUACUAUAUUUCCAAUGGGCCACAAAUGUUUUACAAUUCAAUUUCUUUCUAUACAAUUUCAUUUAUUGUUACUAAAUGUACAAAAUGGAUUAUUGUGUUAUAUUUUAUUAUUUAUUAUAUACAGUUGAUUUUAAUUGAACAUAAAAGAUAAAUAUUACAAUUUAC